AUGUCUCCUCCUGAAGAACUUGGGGCUGGUGAGAAGGACUUAAAGACAUGCAAAGGAGUGGAGGAGCUGGCAAAGUCUUCCCUCUCUGAAUCCGAAGAGAAGUACAGGAAAGCACAGCAGGAAUAUGAAAAGACAUAUGCACGAGCAAAUCCUGCGCCGGAACCUGUCUCGGCGGACGCCACGAAGACAUUCACCUUCUCCAGUGCGCUCGGCCAAACGAUCCCGCCGCCAAUCCAGAUCAAGGUGCGCCGACAUAAGCACACUCAGACUCCUGUCCUAUAUUUUCCUGCACACUUUGAUUUCUACCUGCGCCACGGAAGGGCGCUGAGGUCAGGAAGUGUCCUGCGCAGGUCUCGGGAUCGCAGGCGCAGGAAGACACGCAGCCGCAGCAGAUCAGCCAAUCGCAAGCGCAGAAAGAGCCCGGCGCCGCAGAAGGCGAAAGCAAAGGAGUCUACCGGCAAGGCGUCUGCGAAGAAGGCCAGCAAAGAUCCGCCAAAGGGGGAGAAACUGACCUCAGAUCAGGGCAAGGGCUCUGCUUCGGGGAAGAAGACCCCAGCAGAGAAGGAAAAGCCGGCAGGUGACGGCGGCACACCGUUAGGAGCUCCUGAGCAGCAGAAUGGCGCCUCACAUGAGGACAACGGAGUGGCAUCACCAGACACUCCCACCACUGCUGUCAAUGCAUCAGGGGCGCUGCCGAACGGCGAGAAGAAGGGGGCUGAAGGCAAGCAGGAUGGUAGUGCAGAGAAGCGUGAGCAGGAGAACGGGCAUAUCAGAAAUGUGGCUGCUGCGAGCGGCAGUCCAGACUUGAGCAAACGCAGCCAGUCGCCCUCAGGCAGCUCCACAGUAUGCAGGAGGAGGAGCGCGUCUAGCCGGGCGGGUCAGGAGGAGAAAAUUGCCCAGCAUGUCCCCUUCCGGCAGCCCUCAGAGAAGGAGGGGCAGGAGCGACUCCCCACCCCUGAGGAGGCGCAGGUCAGGCAGCCGCAGGCGGAGCAUCAGCAGAUCAAUGACAUCAUGCGCAAGGAGGACCGCACCUGGAACAUCCGGAGUCUCAAUACCACGUUCUUGACCUUCAUGAAGAAACUGGAGGACGAGGGCUACGUUGAUCUGGCGACGCGGGGCAGCACUACAAUGGUGGCCGGGUCUGCUCGAUACAGGGACAUCAUCGAGGAGACGACGGAGCGGAUGAGGCGGGCGCGGCUAGAGAGGCGCUCGCGGUCCCGAUCGCGGCUGCGGUCUCCCCUGGCCGGCAAGAGGCGCUCGCGCAGCCCCUUGCGCGUGCGGCGAUCCCAUUCCCGGGGCCGCUCGAGGUCCCCCCGGCGGCGGCGAUCGCUGACACCGCCGCGCCGCGGCCGAUCCCCGUCGCAGCCGCGGAGCCGCUCAAAGACGCCCGGGAAGGGCGGCGAGCGGUGGCCCCUGGGUGGCGCGGGAGGCGAGCGCUGGGAGAUGACCUGA